AUGGGUUUUCACAAGGGGAAGGUUCAAGGUCGAAGGCUACUAUCCUAUGUGAUAGGCGCCUUUGUGGUGCGUGAGGAGAUGCAGGUUGAUGGAGUCGAGCAGAUGAGGAAAACGGAGAAAUCGUUGAUUUUGUUUUGUAAAUACAAUGGAUUGUGUGCUGGGAUAAAGUUGUCUCGGUCGUCGAGAAUUGGAGAUUUUAUGAAGAUAUUGUGUGGCAAGUUUAGUGAUUUGAGAAGACACUCAUUGCAACUCUUUUAUGCUAUACGUGAUCAUCCUAGUACCAUGUUAUAUAAUGAUGAAGAUUUGGAGGUGAUGUUUGCUGUAGCUGAUAGUAUUGGAUUGAAUUGCAUUGAAGUUACAGUAGUAGAUAGUCGUGGUUUUGAUAGUGGUAUUAGUGGGUGUGGUGUUGAUGUUGGUGCUAAUAGUAGUGGGGUUUUCGAUAGUGGUGGUACUAGCACUAGUAAGGGCAUUUGUUUCAGUGGGCAAGGAUUAGUCGGCUGUCGGUUGGAAUCAAUGGAAUAUGUAGGUAAAGAGGAUGAUUUGGGAGCUAUGUUUUGCCCGCAUCAGCAUUGGCCAAGGUUGUCCGAUGCGUGGAAAGAGCUUAUUAAAAGUGUUGGUCAGUUGUUUGUCGGGGGUUCGGAAGGUUUUCGUGAUGCAUUGCGGAAACAUUCAAUUGUUCAUUCCUUUGAGUUUGACUUUGUAAAGAAUGAAAUAGAGAGAGUGACUGCAGUUUGUAAGGUAAAAUCUUGCAAGUGGAAUAUCCAUGCUAGACUUGACAAGGUCAGUGGUUGCUUUUACAUCAAAAGGUAUUAUAAUGUUCAUUGUUGUGGUGUUGCUGGGCGUACGACAAAGAACUGUCAUGCUAAUUCAUCUCUGAUUAGUCAAUUGAUAAAGGAUGAUGUUCGAGACAAGUCAAAGAAACGUCCUGUUGAUGUUGUUAAUGAUUUGAAGGAGUAUUAUGGGGUGGAUGUGUCAUAUAAUCGUGCUUGGUUAGCUGUCCAGAAAGCCAAGUCAAGUGCAUUUGGAGAUUAUUCAGAUUCUUUUAAUCAACUUCAAUGGUAUCGUAAUGUUGUUCUGAAUUUGGAUCCUAGAAGUGUUUUUGAUGUUGAGUGA